AUGUGUCACACUGAGAUCUUCACUGGACACACUUCAACAGUUUCCUGUGGGAUUAAGGAUUUUCACGGCACAGAUAUGCACCUACAUAAGGUCCUGAUUUUUAUCACAUGGAUUUUUUGUGCAUAUUCUGGGUUGGGAUCCUGCUCAGAAGACGAGACGAAACUGGUGAAAACCCUGUUUCAACGUUAUAACAAAGUGGUUCGCCCAGUUAACCACUUCAGUGAUGCUGUAGUAGUCACACUGGGCCUGCAGCUUAUCCAACUUAUUAGUGUGGAUGAAGUCAACCAGAUUGUGACCAGUAAUGUCCGUCUCCGACAGCAAUGGAAAGAUGUGAACCUGCAGUGGGAUCCAGACGCUUAUGGAGGAAUCAAAAAGAUCCGAAUUCCUUCAACAGACAUAUGGAAACCCGACUUAGUUCUGUACAACAAGGACAACGACCGACCGGACCUCAGUAACUUCAUGGAGUCGGGUGAAUGGGUGUUGAAGGACUACAGGAGCUGGAAACACUGGGUUUACUACACAUGCUGCCCUGACACGCCCUAUCUGGACAUCACCUACCAUUUCCUGAUGCUGCGGCUUCCCCUUUAUUUCAUUGUCAAUGUCAUAAUUCCCUGCAUGCUGUUCUCCUUUCUCACUGGACUCGUCUUCUACCUCCCUACUGAUUCAGGCGAGAAGAUGACCCUGUCCAUCUCUGUCCUGUUGUCUUUGACCGUCUUCCUGCUGGUCAUCGUUGAGCUGAUUCCCUCCACCUCCAGCGCUGUCCCUCUCAUAGGGAAAUACAUGCUCUUCACUAUGGUUUUUGUGAUCGCCUCCAUCAUCAUCACGGUCAUCGUCAUCAACACACACCACCGCUCGCCCAGCACACACACCAUGCCUGCAUGGAUCCGCAAGGUCUUCAUUGAAACCAUUCCAAACAUGAUGUUUUUCUCAACAAUGAAGCGACCCAGUCAGGAGAUCAGCCAGAAGAGACUGUUCCCUACUGACAUGGACAUAUCAGAUAUUUCAGGUAACCCCACCCCAGCCAGUGUAACCUAUAAGUCUCCCAUCAUGAAGAAUCCUGAUGUCCGCAGUGCCAUUGAAGGAGUGAAGUACAUUGCUGAAACCAUGAAAUCAGAUGAGGAAUCUAACAAUGCGGCAGAAGAAUGGAAGUUCGUGGCGAUGGUUUUGGAUCAUAUCCUGCUGUGCGUCUUCAUGGCCGUGUGUAUCAUCGGAACGCUUGCCGUCUUCGCUGGGAGACUAAUAGAGCUCAACACGCUAUGAAAACCUAACCCAUAAAGGAGGAUAUGUACAAUAAAAUGAGAAGCCGUGCUUUGAGAGGGAUCAGAACGGUUCAUUUGUGGACCCUGUUGAGGUUGUGAUAUUGACUCGGUCUGUGUGGCAUUUCUGGGACACCAAGGCAGAGCUGAUAGUUGAAACGCUAUAAGGAGCCUGGAGUCUUGAGUCACUUUAGAGGGUUUGUGUUUUUACUAAGACGGAUAAAACUUCAGCAGUAAGUUGGCUGUCCAUUCAUAAAUACAUAAAAUUUUUGUCAUGGAUGGAUUUUAUUAGAUAAUUAUUGUAACUUUAUUGGUAAUGCAGGGUGUAUCAUUAUUCUGAUGUGUAAAAUAAUUAUUUCUAGUUGUUUUUUUUGACAGUUAUAAUAUUGUGUUCUAAUAAUCUUCUGAUGCAGGCAAAAAUAUUUCCUAACCAGGAAGUUUUAUUUAUUGGUUUCGCCUGACUUAUUUAUGAUUUACUUUUUUGUGUAUACUGUUACAUGUAAUUAAAAUCCUAUUUGAGAUUCAGGAGAAAGAAGUUAGUUAUCUGAAACUUAUUCUAUCAUAUUUCUACCAAUAUUUCCCAUGUCAAAUGUUUUUGUGUUAAAAUCAGGUUGUUCAGUUGUUUUCGGCCAACAGUUUUGAUUUUGAAGCAAAAACGGAAAAGUUUUUCCCCCCUAAUGUUUCAGCCAAGGUUUCUUUUGUAGACUUUACCUUCAGCAGUUCUCAGCUGAAACAUUCAGCUCAAAUGAUUAACAUUGCACUUUCACUGGGAAUCCAUUUUCUCUUGUUUCUCUUUCUAGUGCAAAUGAGAUCUGGAUCUCACUGGGGUUUACCUGGUUAACUAGAGGAAAGAGAGAAAAAAAACUUUAAUUUGAACUUUGGAAGUUUUCUCAGGCAAAGGAACCACUGAAACAGGGAACUCUGAAUCCUAUAUUAUUGUGUAGAUGUGGAAAUAAAUGUCAUAAACUUAAUAUUUUGUGUUUCGUAGUGUCAUUAGUAACACUGACACUUUUCUU